AUGUCUGAUGGGAAUGAUGAUAAUCCGGUGCAAACAAGCACUAAACAAAUGAAAGAGAUAAUUGCCGAAGAGGUAGGGAAGGCAAUUGAAGGAAGUCUAUCUGGGUUUAUAGACAAUAUUCAAGGCACGGUGUUGUCGCUUGUAGAAGAGCGAGUUAAAAGGUUGGAGGAUAUUGUCAACCUUAUGAAGGAGAAAACGGGAGAACGCAAGGGGUGUUCGUACAAGGAAUUCAUGGCGUGUAAACCGCCAAUUUAUAAUGGAGAAGUCGAUCCGAUAAUUUGCCAAAGAUGGUUGGGCGAUAUUGAAGGGGUGUUUGAAAGGACCCAUUGCGACGAAAGCGAUUUCGUUGCUUACGGAACGGGUCAGUUAAGAGGACAAGCCAAGGAUUGGUGGGAUAACAAAAAGAAUGAAAUAGGGGCCGAAGCGGUAAGAGCCAUGACAUGGGAAGAGUUUAAGACACCAUUUCUUAAGCAUCAUAGUCCCAAAGCGGUCAUUAACAAAAUCAAGGAAGAGUUCAUGCAACUUAGGCACAAGGGUGAAACCAUAGACAAGAUAACGGCGAUGUUUAUGGAUAAAAUGAAGUUUAGUAGUGAAUUGGUGACGAAUGAAGAACAGAAAAUAUACUACUACUACAAUAUGUUGAGCGCUGAAUAUAGGGAGUUUAUGACUCCUUCAAAAUACGAGACCCUUACGAAAAUCAUUAACGUUGCUCGGGAACGGGAAAUCGAGUUGAAGAAGCAAGUCGAAAGAGGUGAGCGAAGGGCACAUGAUGUGAAUCCAAGCCCUACAAAGAAAGCCCGAACGGGAGAAUCGGGAAAGAAGGUGGAUGCUAAAGGUGGGUCGCCAAGUUGUAAAGUUUAA